AUGUCCAACAACCGUCCAUUCCUCGCCAACUUCCUGGCCGCCUUCCGCGCCCAGUCAACCUAUAAACCCACCACCCAGCAAGUCGGCACAAACUCAACCAUCUCCUCCGCCCAAAUCUCCCAGAGUGCCCGCGCCAUCGCCACAAAAGCAGCAAACUCAGCCCAAGGCUCCUCAGCACCAUCAUCCGCUUCCGCACCUCACCACACUCACCACAAUCACCACAACCACCACCAUACUCACACCCACACUUCCUCUACCAACUCCUCGGCAACAAGUACAGCACCAACCGGUCCAGUCCAAGGCCCAAGCCCGGCCCCUUCACACCACUACCACCACGACCAACCCUCCGUCCCCUCCACACCACCAUCAUCCACUUCAACACCUAUCCCGAUCAACCGUGGCCCUGCGGACCGCCAGCGCCGUGGGAGUGACUCAUCCAGCGGCUCGGGUGGGUUCCGCGAUGCUAUAGGUCCUGAGAAGUGGUAUAUUGGUGGGAGGACGCCGGCUGGCGAAGAACGCUUUUAUCGGCUCGGGAUGGUUACGAAGGGUGGGGGGCGGCUUGGCGGGAGUGGGCGGGUGGGGAGUAUCGAUCAGUUGAGUCUUUGA